UUCCCACUCAUAUAUCUAUCUGGUGCUGCCUGGCUUGUCGUGCUUUUUCUCACGAUGCUGCUUUCGAUUGUUUCAUCGCCAUCCAUUCUCCGACAUUGGGGAGUCGCCUGGACCGCCAUCUCCCACCACCCCCUUCCAUCAACACCAUGAGGUCGCCUCCCCCAGCUGUGCGGGCAUCGUGGCCCAAACCGAACUACGUCGACCCCGUUACCCGUGGCCCUGGAUUGAUGAUUGUCGAGUUGACCUUGGUUCCCAUUGCUCUCAUCGUCGUCAUAUUACGAUUAUGGAUACGCAUCGGAUGGCUUCACAAGAGUUGGUGGGAUGACUGGCUCAUGGUCGUGGCCAUGAUAUUCUCCUGUCUCACCACCGCUCUCGUAAUCAUGGCCGUCACAAUGUACGGCUGGAAUAUUCAUGUAUGGGAUGCACCCAUUGUCACACUUCAAAACGGUCGAAAGGCGUCCAUGGCUGGCCAGUCACUGUUUGUCAUUGCUUCCAGCUUCGUCAAAAUGUCCAUCCUCGUGUCUUAUUUUCGCAUCGCACCGAGGAAAACCCUGAUCCGCAAACUCGUGUGGGCUACUUUCGGCAUCGUGUCCGCCGCCUUUGUAACCUUCCUUGUCGCUCUCUGGCUUCAGUGCAUACCCAUCUCAAGCUAUUGGACUUUGCUUGCUGGUGAUGGCGACUGCAUACCCGAGGGUCCGCCUCUCGUUGUCCAAACAAUCGUAAAUGUGGUUACAGAUUUCAUGAUCUACGCGCUCCCCAUCCCAACUCUUUUCGGUCUCACCCUGCCAAUGAUCCAGCGUGUGGGUCUCGUCAUACUCUUCUCUGUCGGUGGUAUUAUUGUGGUUGCAGGCAGCUUCCGCGCGUACUGGGUCCACUACGUCCUCUUCGAAACCUACGACGCUACCUGGUACGGUUACGAAAUUUGGCUAUGGACGGCCAUUGAAACCAAUGUCGGAGUCAUCUGCGGGUGCAUUCCUGCACUCAAACCUCUGCUUUUCCCCGCCCGCGCCCGCAACCAAGGCUCGCGGUAUGCCAACGGCUCCAACCAUAGCCGAAGGAAGGAGAAGGUCACACCGGUGCUUGACCAAGUCGAGAUGGAUACCCGAAAGCUGACCGAGGACGAGUCUCGGUCUACGACAGCACACGUGCACAUCGACCAUGGUCUGCGGCCCAUGAGCGGAGCGACAGACAAGAGCCGAUACGACCUGGAUGUCGAACAGCAGAAGUCGUACAUGAUAUGA